UGCGGCGGAGUAGAUGGAGGAGGAGGAGGAGGAGGUGAAAGACUGGAAGGCGGAGAACAGCAUGAACUGGACGGAAAAUAGGGAGGAUGCGGAUUACUUUAGCCUACAGGUCAGUCUGCCUUCCGGCGAUGGUUUGGCUCGUUUAGUGCGAAGAUGUCCGGCUAAAGAGACCCAGGCCUGCGGUUUGUUGGUACCCGGAGCAGAAGCGGGGGAUUUAUGCGUCGCCUCAAAGUGACACUUGGGAAAGCCUGGGCGUUAAUCGUGAGGGCUGUUUGAUGUCAACCAUAGGUUGGUGUGUACCAUUCAAAAUCAGACAAAACACAUUAAACCUCGUGCCUUUUCGCCUUGUGGGUCAGCUGCCAUAAUGGUUUUAGCCGUCGUUUUAGCAUCAUCAUCCCCACCUGACCUAUUCUCCCGUGCUGCUUCGCUCUGGAUGUCAAACUGAAAGCAGCGCCACAGAGCCAACGCCAGAACAAUACAGAAAAAAAAUCCCACCGAGCUGCGCUCAGACAUGAAGGAGUCCUCGCCACAGGCUCGCUGCUUGACGGCGCUGGUCGUGUGGACGGCUCUGUGUGUGCUCAGCCGCGCGCAGCCCGCACCUGACUCUUCGGGCCUGUCUCGAGCCAUCCGCGUGCCACUGCGGCAAGGCGCUCGCGCAGAGCAAUCGCCGCCGCCGCCUUCCGCCGCAGCAGCCGCCGCCGCCUCGAAACGGGGACGCGGCACCGCGGGCGAGUCUCCUGCGCGCAGGCGGAGAGGAGCGUCAGAGGGCGGCGUCAGCUUUGUGGACAUGAUAGACAACCUGCGUGGGAAAUCCGGUCAGGGAUACUACGUGGAGAUGGCCGUGGGCUCUCCUCCGCAGAAGCUAAAUAUUCUGGUGGACACAGGAAGCAGCAACUUUGCCGUCGGGGCAGCUGCACAUCCCUUCCUGCGCAGAUACUACCAUCGUUCACUCUCCGGUUCAUACCGAGACCUGGGCAGGAGCGUGUACGUCCCUUACACCCAGGGCCGCUGGGAGGGGGAGCUGGGCACCGACCUGGUCUCCGUGCCGCACGGCCCCAACGCCACGCUGCGCGCCAACGUCGCCGCCAUCACCCAGUCGGACCGCUUCUUCAUCAACGGAUCCAACUGGGAAGGAAUCCUGGGGCUUGCCUACGCUGAUAUAGCUCGACCGGACGAGACCCUGGAGCCGUUCUUUGACUCUCUGGUCCGUCAGACCUCUGUCCCCAACCUCUUCUCCCUGCAGCUGUGCGGCGCAGGCUUCACCCAGAACCAGUCCCUGGGGAGCUCCACAGUGGGCGGCAGCAUGAUCAUCGGUGGAGUGGACUCGUCGCUGUACGUCGGGGAGCUCUGGUACACUCCCAUCCGCAGGGAGUGGUACUACGAGGUCAUUAUUGUCCGGAUCGAGGUGAACGGGCAGGACCUCAACAUGGACUGUAAAGAGUACAACUAUGACAAGAGCAUCGUGGACAGCGGAACCACCAACCUUCGACUUCCUAGGAAGGUCUUCCAGGCUGCGGUGAAGGCUAUCGAAGCAGCCUCCUCGACCGAGCAGUUUCCCGCCGGGUUCUGGCUCGGGGAGCAGCUGGUGUGCUGGCAGGCCGGCACUACGCCCUGGCACAUCUUUCCGGUCAUCUCCCUCUACCUGAUGAGCGAGAACCGCAACCAGUCCUUCAGGAUCUCCAUCCUGCCGCAGCAAUACCUGCGGCCGGUGGAGGACGUGGCGUCGGCUCAGGAGGACUGCUAUAAGUUCGCCGUGUCUCAGUCCACCACCGGGACGGUGAUGGGAGCCGUCAUCAUGGAGGGCUUCUACGUGGUGUUCGACCGAGAGAAGAAACGCAUCGGAUUCGCCGUCAGCACCUGCCACGUGCACGACGAGUUUCGCACAGCCUCCGUGGAGGGCCCGUUCCACGGCGUCGACCUGGAAGACUGCGGCUACAACAUCCCGCAGACGGACGAGUCCACCCUGAUGACCAUCGCCUACAUCAUGGCGGGAAUCUGCGCCCUCUUCAUGCUGCCCCUGUGUCUCAUGGUGUGCCAGUGGCGCUUCGCCCGCUGCCUCCACCCGCACGGGGACUUCGCCGACGACAUAUCGCUCCUAAAGUGAAGGGACGGGGCGGCCGAGACGCGGGGCCUGGGGUUGGGGAGGGGAGGGGAGGGGGGUUGCUCCUUUACGAAAUGACGGUGCUGUCCCCGGAACGCUUUGCAAAGAUUCUUCAGGAAUUCAGUCGAAAUCACGGACACACCCGCAAACAGAACCUUGCCGCCAUCGGGCCGCUUGCAAGGAUAACAAGAGCCAUUUUGAACUUGAACAGGAGAAGAGAUGGUGCUGCUGUCAGUGUCCCCUUUCUCUGUUUAAGCUUCUAUGCAGAUCAGCGCGAUUUAGGGAACUGGUGCCGGGGUGGGUGUGGGGGUGGGGGGCUGGGAAACGCAACACACGCAAAAGAAUCCGUUCUUUGAAAGAAACGACGCAGAGACAGCAAAGCGCGUUGAGGGUUCCGAUCGGGAACGAGCGGUCUCUUGCCUUCGAUUGGGUAAAUUUGAGAAAGAACCGAGGAUGCGCGUCAAAGACGGGGAGCGGCGGUGGUUCGGGUCGGCAUGACGUCAACAUGUGAACGUGUGGGUCACACGUGUGCUUCUGUAGCUCUUUUUAUUUGUGGCUUUUCGAGUGGACGCCGCCGCGUAUAUGUGUCUGCACACGAAGAGUAUGGGGUAAGGCGUAAAGAACUAAAGAAGUCGUGAAAAUGCCGGUGAAGAAUUCCUCAAAAAGCUAAUGCGUACGCAUAAAAGAGGCCGUUUAACGAAAUAUAAGGUAAAGCAUUUAUUGUGUGUAAGCUGUUUUUUAUUUGCCAGAUAUGGCCAGAGGCCAGUCGCACUCAGCGUCAGAUGUCAUUUCUUUUCUUCUUCUACUGUUUAAAGCCUAAACGUAUCUUACUGUACAUAAACUUUGGGGACCCCGGAUGGUCUAUUUGCACAGACACAGAUCACGGGCUGCUUAUUGCUCCUUGAUGGUUUGCACAUGUAACACGUUUUAAGAUAACAGAGAAUGAAGAGGGCUCCUGUCACAGAUACACAAACCGCCCGGUGUUUUUUUUUUUUUCCUAACUGGGACCAUAUCUGCUUUGAAAAGGAAACCAGCCCAAAGUAUAUUAUUCACUGGGAAACAUGAUGUCUGUCUAUAAGGGACAGUUGGUGUUGUGUCCAUAAAAGCUGUACAUAGAUGAACCCAGAUCUGGUUAUUUAUCUGUCAGGUGCUGGCAGCUUUGUUGAACCAAUAAAGUACUUACUGUAACUCUAAA